UGUUGGAACAAUGCUGCGGCCUCUGCUGAUCCCCUUGACAUACUUCUGUCUUCAAACAUGGCUGGGGAUCCCUCAGGCAAAAUGCCAGGUGGAGCUGAGCAUGAUGGAUGACGCUUUUGAUGACCAAUAUAUAGGAUGUGCUGAAGAAAUGGCUGGAAUUGCACCUGAACUGCUAGAGAAAGAGAAGUCCAUGUCCUCAGUGUUUAGAACGGUGUGGGAAAAAUCAGAAAAAAAAUGGGAACUCGUAAAGAAAAAGAUUCCUCUGCCCACAGGCUUUAAAGAUGAGCAUGGACGAGCCAUAAUCGCCUAUACUGACGAUGACUUUCACAGUGAGUUGAAUGCGGCAGUGAGAGAGGCUGGGGCAUCUCGAGCUCAUUACAUGGCCAGUUUCCAGUUCAAAGCCUUUCAUUAUUACUUGACAAGAGCUUCACAGCUCUUACGAGGGAGGUGUGAUGUGAUGUACAAAAGGACGGUGUACCGGGGAGUUUCUGCCAGAUUUCAGCACAUGGGAUCAGGUCACAUUAGGUUUGGAUACUUUGCCUCUUCGUCUUUUGAUAUAGGAAUAGCUAAGACGUUUGGUACGGACACAUUGUUCGCCAUCCACACGUGCUUUGGUGUUGAGAUCAGGGCCUUCUCACGCAUUCAGGAGGAGGAAGAAGUGUUAAUCCCAGUCCAUGAAAUAUUCAACAUGUUCCGAGGACAAAGGAAUAACCGCUUUGUCCUCCGGAGCACAAACCGGACCUGCAGCCAUUUUAACUGCGCGUACCUGGGCGGAGAGAAGAACCAAAUAUGUGUUGACAACUCUGCUACCAGAGGUGGCAUCGCCUUUCCCAGUGUUCUGAGCCAUUUACUGUUUGGAGGAUCCGUCAUCCUGGUCCACGUUGCUGCUAUGAAACUGUUUGCUGGUUUCUCAAUUGUCCUAUUCGUGUUACUCACUUUUUCUCUCUAACACAAAUCAUGGUGAUGGGACUUGCUAGAUCCAAAGCCGUCCUGCAAUUCUGCCAGCGUUCCAAAGGGAAACCAGGAACCUGGAGGGAGUGUCGCUGGUACCUGCUUGGGCAAGCUUGGAUUAUACGUUAUUGAUGAGUAGAUCAAAAUGAAAGCUCAGAGUUCUAUUCCAGGUGGGAUUUGUUAAAUUGGUGUCUGUUAUAUAAAUAAUUACUUGUAUUCCUGUCAUGCUAGCGCUUCUGUACCAACUUUUGAUGACUUCAGUAUAAGACUUUUCAGAAAUGAACUAAGUCAGAGUAUUUUCAUGAAUACAUGUGACGGAUUAAUC